AUGCCUCAUUUUCAUCAACGCCUUUCCGGCGAAGGUGCCGACCGGUCUUCGCUUAAUGAUGAUCACUCUGACGCCCUUGUCAAAAACGUUGCCACCAACUGUUCAGAUACUAUCGUGGCUAUUCACAUUGCUGGCAUCCGUCUGGUAGACCAAUGGAUCGAUCAUGAGAAUGUCACUGUCGUGAUCUUCGCCCGUCUCCCUAGUCAAGACAGCGGCCGUGCUCUCGUGGAAAUCCUUUAUGGCAAUGUGUCUCCGUCAGGUAAAUUACCAUACACCGCGGCCAGAAAUGAGUCUGAUUACGAGACUUUGAGGCAUAACGGCAAGGGGAAAUCUUCGAAGUUCCCCCAAGAAAUUGCGCUUCGGCUUGUCCUAUUCCACUUUCGAGCACUCCAAUCUUUCCGUCAAUUGCAUCGUUACCACACUCCAGGACGACCAGAGCAGAGGCCUAUACUGCCGGGUGGAAAUCCUGCUAUUUGGGAGAACAUUGUCACCGCCACAGCUAGGGUCACCAAUACGGGCGAUGUCGACGCGGCCGGGGCUGCCCAGCUAUAUGUUGGCGUUCCAGGGAUGAAGCCCCCUAUACGUCAACUUGACCUCGCCCGCCGGGAUUUGUCUGGAACGUCGAAGCACAAGACUGGAUUUAUCUACAUUGGCCCGACAAAACACAUCAAAGUAUAUCUCCAUGUCGCCAUAACAUAUACUCUAUAA